CGACGACGAGAUGUUGCUAGAAGCAGCCGAGUCAGCUGAGCUAGCGGCAUUCUCCGAGGCUGAGCCGAUAUCUGGGUCGUUCACCGACAAUAUCGGGGUAUCGGUUGAGCCAAUGGCACCCGUGGCCGAUGAGCCGAUGCCUGGACCGUCCACCGGAUGGAUUGAGGUGGAUAGGCCCAGCUGCGGCGUCGGGCGUUCAUGCGAUAACGUGAGCCCGGAUAACGACGAAGCUGCUGACCAAGAAUUGGUUGACUUCUCGUGGGAUGAUGAGUCGGAUAUCGAACGGUUAAAUGAUUCACCGAUUGGACCUCGGCGCCUUGACGUUUGGGAUCUGGAUCGAAGACCGAUCGAUCCGCGCGAACCCGGCUAUCGCGAGAUAUGGACGGAUGAGGAGGAGGAGGAGGCGGAGGGCGAAAGAUUAGAAGAAGAAGAAGAAGAAGAACAAGAACAAGAACAACAAGAAGAAGAAGAAGACGAAGAAGAAGAAGAAGAAGAAGAAGAAGAAGAAGAAGAAGAAGAAGAAGAAGAAGAAGAAAAGCAAUCGGAUGGUGAGUAUUUUGCCGGCGUAUACGGGUAUAUCUGUAACAAGUUGGCGAGAGAGAGAGAGAAAGAGAGAGACGAAAGGUGUACACGCUGUAUGCACUAUGUUUUGCCGCGUAGAGUCAGAUGUGAGCGAUAACAGGGACCGGGAUAUGCAGCGCGUUAUAUACGAGCGGCUGCAACAAUUGUCACCGGACACCCGGCGUCAAUACGUUCACAUGCUCACCGCCCCGAGAGAACAAUAAUCACCGACGGCACGCGUUCAUGCGUGUGCGUGUGUGUGUGUGUAAGGGUGUAUUCUCAAAUCUACAAUGGGGCUAACCUUCUAUCAUCGCCUUUCGCAGGACGAUGGUUCAAACGGCAUGGCAUAAACGGGUGCGCCGGUACAUCUAAAACGCAGCCUUCGUUACGCUGCGACGGGGAUGUCACUGUAGUAACGGCAAACACGUCAUGCACUCAGCACGGCCAAGGUCGUACAAGACAAGCCAAUCUAGCCGAUAUAGAGAGACAGGAGAGCAACGACGGCGCACGACCACCGGGUGCUAGAUUCACGAUACGCGAAGAACGCGCGAAAUAUUAUAAUCGUUUUCGAUUAAACGGUCGUCAAAUUACACUGCGGAUUUUAACACCCCCCGACACGCGCGAUCCUAUCGACUGGUUGGCGGAGGCCAUCAGAGAUAUACACGCGUACGCUAUGAGUCGCGUUAUGCACGACACGGAUUACGUGGGCUUCGGAUUCGACGCCCCGUCUUUCGUGCACGGUUCCGUCGGACUGUCCUUUCGCCCCGCCAAAGACUGUACGUACGAGGAUCUUUGGACACUGAUAUUCCAGUUAUCGCAGAGCGCGACCGAAUUUUGCAUCGAUAAGGAGUUUAGGGUGACUUUCAAUCACGUUACCGUACCGAUCGGGAGAGGCAAAUCUUACAACGCGCUGACCAACGAGGAUGUCAGCAAACGGUCUCUCGUCGCCG